GUUUGUAAGGUGGGAACUCGUGGCUCUCCUGUAAAAAUCCUAGACUGAACGCCGUCAGGGGCACCCCGGGGAGAGGUGGCGAGAUGAGAAGCUUGAAUGCCGCCGCCGGCGUAUUCUGGGGCCUCAGAUGGAGACUUUGAGGGGAAGCCCAGUCCCUAAAGCCACGCGUCCCCUGCCCACCCCUCCUCCCAGCCCGAGAUCCCCCUUCUAAACCAGUGCAGUAAUGUCUCAGGAGGCCAUAUGGGACGGUGACCGGCCUGGCGAGCCCACGGUCAGGCGGGAGUCGCACUUGGAACGCGCAGCCAGGGCCCUGCACAGCCGGGACGUGCUCCUCUGGCGGAACUCGGGCGCGCAGCCCCGCAGCUCUUUUCGGGACAUCGGACUCAACUCGAGCGCUGCGCCCUCUGCCGGCAGGCAGCUGGCGGAAGUACGGGCCGGAAGUCGCGUCAUCCGCCGGCGACGUUCGUCCUGUGAGGCCUGGCGGAGCCCGAACGUGCUGCUAUGGCUUCCAGUGGGGUCGGCGUGAACUCUGUAGGCUCGGCAAAUGAAGGUCCCGAAAUCCCGGACAACGUGGGCGACUGGCUUCGGGGUGUCUAUCGCUUCGCCACCGAUAGGAAUGAUUUCCGGAGGAACUUGAUCCUGAAUUUAGGGCUUUUUGCAGCGGGCGUUUGGCUAGCCAGGAAUUUGAGUGACAUUGACCUAAUGGCACCUCAACCAGGGGUGUAGUAAGUAGAUACAUGGAACCCCUGUCCUGUGUCCCAGCCUUCCAGACAGAGCCACCAAUCUGUGACCCGCACAGACUUGUCUGAUGGAAGCUGAAGUUGGAUUCAGACAGGCACCUUCCUUUUCUCCACUGAGUCCAUUCAGAACUUCACUCGGUCAGCAGACUUCGACUAAAGUGUUGUCCUCUGUUCUGUAAAGUUCUGUACAUAGUUCCCAAGUUUCUCCAAGGGGUGCUCUUUGUUUUUAUGCUGAGGAAUAAUCCUAAUGGUAUUUAACAAAUAUUUGAAAUAAAGAUUGGAUGCAAAGACAGCCGUUUUAUUUUUUUAAUAAGAAACUUC